CCGGGGCCGGGCCCGCCGCCCGGGACCCGGGCUGGGGCGCGGCGGGAGCCCGGACCCCGGCGCCCCUAUGCGCCGCCUCAACGUCGCGGCGCGACAGCUAUGACCCUGAGCACGGAGAUGUCCGAUGCCUCCGGCCUCGCCGAGGAGACAGAUAUCGACGUGGUGGGGGAGGGCGAGGACGAAGACGACGAGGAAGAGGAGGACGACGAGGGCGGCGGUGGCGGGCCCCGGCUGGCUGUCCCCGCGCAGCGGCGGCGGCGGCGCUCGUACGCCGGCGAGGACGAACUAGAGGACCUGGAGGAGGAGGACGACGACGAUGACCUCCUGCUGGCCCCGCAGACUGGGGGUUCCCCGGCGCCCCCGGGCCCAGCACCCGCGACUGGGGCCGGGACCGGCGGGAGCGGGAGCGCGGGCGGGGGCGGGAGCGCGGGCGGCGGUGCCAAGAACCCGCUGGUAAAGCCGCCCUACUCGUACAUCGCGCUCAUCACCAUGGCCAUCCUGCAGAGCCCCAAGAAGCGGCUGACGCUGAGCGAGAUCUGCGAGUUCAUCAGCGGUCGCUUCCCCUACUACCGGGAGAAGUUCCCCGCCUGGCAGAACAGCAUCCGCCACAACCUCUCGCUCAACGACUGCUUUGUCAAGAUCCCCCGCGAGCCCGGCAACCCUGGCAAAGGCAAUUACUGGACGCUCGACCCCGAGUCCGCCGACAUGUUCGACAACGGCAGCUUCCUGCGCCGGAGGAAGCGCUUCAAGCGGCAGCCGCUGCUCCCGCCCAACGCCGCUGCCGCGGAGUCGCUGCUGCUGCGUGGCGCGGGGGGCGUCGGGGGCGCGGGCGACCCGGCGGCCGCCGCGGCGCUCUUCCCGCCCGCGCCGCCGCCGCCGCCCCCGCACGCCUACGGCUACGGCCCCUACGCCUGCAGCUACGGCCUGCAGCUGCCGCCCUACGCGCCGCCCUCGGCGCUCUUCGCCGCCGCCGCCGCCGCCGCCGCCGCCUUCCACCCGCACUCGCCCCCGCCGCCCCCGCCGCCCCACGGCGCGGCCGCCGAGCUGGCCCGGACCGCCUUCGGCUACCGGCCGCCGCCGCUUGGCACCGCCCUGCCCGGCCCUCUGCAGGCCUCCGCGGCCAAGGCGGGCGGCCCGGGCGCCGCGGCUCUGGCACGCUCGCCCUUCUCCAUCGAGAGCAUCAUCGGGGGCAGCCUGGGCCCCGCCGCCGCCGCCGCCGCCGCGCAGGCCGCCGCCGCCGCGCAGGCCUCGCCGUCCCCCUCGCCCGCGGCGGCGCCCGCGCCCGGACCCGGCGGCUGCGCGGCUCAGGCGGCCGUGGGCCCCGCUGCCGCGCUCACUCGCUCCCUCGUGGCCGCCGCGGCCGCCGCCGCCUCCUCCGUCUCCUCGUCGGCCGCCCUGGGGACUCUGCACCAGGGGACUGCCCUGUCCAGUGUCGAGAACUUUACUGCUAGGAUUUCAAAUGGUUAA